UCCAAUACCAGGUUCCGAUGGCGGCGGCGGCGCUGACAGACCCAGGGCAAGGACUGAUGGCCUUUGAGGACGUGGCCGUGUACUUCUCCCAGGAGGAGUGGGAGCUUCUGGAUGCAGCCCAGAGGGCCUUGUACCGCCAUGUGAUGCUGGAGAACUUCGCACUCGUAGCCUCGCUGGGACUCUCUGCCUCUCGACCCCGUGUGGUCAUCCAGCUCGAGCGUGGCGAAGAGCCCUGGGUUCUCAGUGGGACAGAUGUGACCCCGGUCAGGAAUGCCCAGAGGAGGCCCAGCCUUGGUUCCCACAGUCUGGCAGAGGUCAGAGAUGUUUCUGGAGAAGCAGCAUUACCAGGGGUCUUAUGGGAUAACCAUCCUCCAGCACCUACUAGGAUCCUCCCCACCACUGGUGCCUUUGAACGUGGGAAAAGCCUGGAGGGUCGGCGGGGCGCCUCGCCAUCUCGGGAGAGAAAACCCACGGGGGUGUCGGUGAUCUAUUGGGAAAGGCUCCUGCUACGCCCGGGUAGCGGCAAGACAGGCAUCAGCCUGCGGCUCACCUCCCCGAUAAGGGCCCCCGAGGGCGGCCCCCCCGGUGAGAAGGCCCGCACAGACCGCCCCGAGCCAGGCAAGCAGCUGAGGGCGUCUGAGCAGCAGAAGCCACACGUGCGGGAGGCCCCUGGGAGAACCUUCCCGGGCGUCCCACACCUCGAGGCGGGUCACGCUGUGGGGGAACAAAGCAUGGGUGCGGCUUGGCGUGAACCUCAGAGACUCCCUGCCGGCCAGGAGCCCCCGACCUGGGACGCGCUGGGCGAGUCCCUCCACGCCAGCCCCGGCCUCCUCCCUGGGGAGAAGCCCUUCGAGUGCAGGGCGUGCAGCAAGGUGUUCGUGAAGAGCUCCGACCUGCUCAAGCACCUGCGCACCCACACCGGGGAGCGGCCCUACGAGUGCGCGCAGUGCGGCAAGGCCUUCAGCCAGACGUCGCACCUGACACAGCACCAGCGCAUCCACAGCGGCGAGACGCCGUACGCGUGCCCGGCCUGCGGCAAGGCCUUCCGGCACAGCUCCUCGCUGGUGCGCCACCAGCGCAUCCACACGGCCGAGAAGUCCUUCCGCUGCGGCGAGUGCGGCAAGGCUUUCAGCCACGGCUCCAACCUCAGCCAGCACCGCAAGAUCCACGCGGGCGGGCGGCCCUACGCGUGCGCGCAGUGCGGCCGCCGCUUCUGCCGCAACUCGCACCUGAUCCAGCACGAGCGCACGCACACCGGCGAGAAGCCCUACGCCUGCACGCUCUGCGGCGCCGCCUUCAGCCAGGGCUCAUCGCUUUUCAAGCACCAGCGUGUGCACACGGGUGAGAAGCCCUUCGCCUGCGUGCAUUGCGGGCGUGCCUUCAGCCACAGCUCCAACCUCACGCAGCACCAGCUGCUGCACACGGGCGAGCGGCCCUUCCGCUGCGGGGACUGCGGCAAGGCCUUCGCCAAGGGCGCCGUGCUGCUCAGCCACCGGCGCAUCCACACGGGCGAGAAGCCGUUCGUGUGCGCGCAGUGCGGCCGCGCCUUCCGGGAGCGCCCGGCUCUCUUCCACCAUCAGAGGAUCCACACCGGCGAGAAGCCCGUGCGGCGGCCCAGGGCGGGCCUGCGCCCCCAGGCCAGACCUCCUUCCGGGGCAUUGUCAGAGGGCACGCUGCGGAGAGAAGCCGGGCCCGCUCCCGCCUCGGGCCCAGCCGCAGCUCCGAAGCCGGCUGAGGCCUGAGGGCGCAGCUCCGACCUUCCCUGGCCUGUCAUGAGUCUCUUCCACGGAUAAAGGCCGUUUCCGCUGCACAGUCACACCUUGGAGAAACCCUGUGUGUGUACUUUGGUUCCAUCUGCACGUGGUGACAAGAUUUGCCACUUCAGCCACAGUUCACUCCUCCAUCCCUAAGAGGUCACACUGCAGAAAGGUCAGAGGGACGCACGUGGAGGCUGGGACUUUGGUGGGGCAGAGACUUGGCAGUCAGAGCCAGAGGGAGGUCAGCACGGUGGUACCACUUCAAGCAUGUUGUGACCGGGCGCUAAGGUGAGGAAGGCUAGUGCGGGGAUGAGGUGGAGGCGGUCCAGAGGAAUUUCUGACGUCCACACGCAAACUGGCCCAGGGCUGACGCUCAGGAUACCUGCCCCUCCGCCUCAGAUCAUCUAAGGCUUCCUAGGAGCCAGCCCAGUGGACCAGAGGUCACGUGGGGGUCGGGUGCUGGCCUUGGGCGAGUUGCUGGGCUCCUAGCCUUGGCUUCCUUCUCUGGGGAAACAAGACAUAGGUUCAGUUCUACAGAGGGUAUUUGCAGCACCUCCACAGGCAGGAUCUUGAUAAGGGCCAACACGUGUCAACGCCAGCCCCUGUUCUGAGUGCUGCGCAGUGUCUGCUAACAGCCCUGUGAGAUGGCUGCUGUGGCUGGUAUCCCCGCUUCUCAGAUGAGGAAACUGAGGCAGAAACAGGGGACAUGAGUUGCUCACA